AAAAUCUCCGAAACAAAAAUCAACUCAUUAACAAUAAAAAACGCCAACAACAGCAAAAAGUACAUAUAUCUUUAUCAAAAUUAGUUCCGUUAUCUGAAAGCCCAACUCCAUUUUGGCAAAACACAAUCAACACCAACACACACAGACAGACAGACAGCCAGACGGAGAGACAGAGAGACAGAGACUCACCCUCUUUCGAUUUUCUAGGCCGGAUUUGAGAAAUGGCCAGCGAACGCAGUUGCAACAAGCUCGGCGGCAAGGAGGGCCACAGCUUUAGCAGAAUUGAGGCCUUGGCCAUCAACUCGAAGAUGGCAAAGAAGACAGAGAACAGCAGCCAGAGCCAAGUGCUGGAGCAGGCGCUCAGCAAUGUGGUGGAGCAUGCAAAGCGUUUGAAUCUUAGCAGCGUCGACCGUUUCAUGAUGUCGUCCAAAAUAUGCGAAAGUGCCAAAAACAUUGGCAAAAUGCCAAAUGAUACGAUGAGCGCUCUGCUGCCAAAGAAACCCAGCUUCCCAGCUAUAAGGCGUCGCAGAUGUCCUUGCUCGAUGAAGCAGACGGUGAAGACGCCGCGAGCUGAGCCACAGACAUCCGCUGUACCAGCGGCGCCACAGCCGCCACCGCCACCACCACCUCCGUCGCCGCGCUGCGCACCGGCCCAGGAAUUGUGCAUAGCUAUGGAUUUGGCCGAUAACCUUAUCAAGGAGUACAAACAGACCGAGCAGUUGACUAAUCAACUGCUGCAGGACGCUUUGAGCAUUAACCACGAUCUGCUCUCCUAUUGGGAGUAUCAGCGUGACAUCGAACUGGUGCGCGAAAUCGAGUUGGAAAGCAAUGCACGAUCCGUGGAGGCCAUUAUAGAUGGAUUGAGCAAGGAGUACGAGUGUCUGGACUUCGGCUUGGAGCACAAGCAGAGGAGAUUCAACAGCCGCUUUCUGCGCGCCAAUAGCACACAAACAGAAACGACGGCCAGUUCCCCCGGUUCCCCAUCUUGCCUGCAAACAGCCACAAAGUUGGCAAUGGCAAUGCCAAUCCCAAAGGCAUCCAUGGUGGCCAGCACGCAAACCGAACAACAUACAAUGCUGGCCAUACCCACACAGACACAGACACAGAUGCAGCGGCACGAGCCAUGCGAGCGCAUCGAACAUGCCAUCAGCAACAUGCGCAGCCUGGCUCUGCCACCGUCUCUAACUCUGCCAUGUGGGCGUGGCUGCCAGCUGGACAGCCUCCCAGCAGUCACCACAUCGAGCUGUUGCUUCCGCCCCAUAAUGAGCGAGUAUCGCGAGCGUGUGGAUGAAGUGCGCCAACUCAUGCCCAUGGUGGUGAGCGCCAGCGCUGUGGACAUGGAUGCAGCUAUGCAGGAUAUGCGCCUUCAGCAGCUCCGCGUACAGUGCCAGCGCAAUCUCAUAUUUCAUGACAUGAUGCGAUUCGCCGAAGAAGAGCUUCUCCAGUUAUUGCAGCAAAGCACAGAUAACAAAACGGAAACGGUGGCUACUUUUGCAGAGCCAGUCGGCAAUGGAAUCGCCACCGCUACCACAACCACCACCACCACCACCAAUCUGGCCUCCAUGCUGGAACAGGCCGUCGACAAAAUGAGAAAGACUGCUGACAGUGGAAGUGCUUCAAGGAAGUGCACCACUGUACUGGAAUCGGGAACCGUGGGCGAUGUGGAGCUGACCAACAAAUCGCUAAAAGCUCAGUCAUUGGAGUUGGAGUUGAAGACUCAGCAAAGCGAAGAGGCACCGCCAACAUCCACCACUCACAUUUGAAUUGUUAUUGAUUGUAAAUAAAAUCUAGCAGUUCAACUUAUCGAAAUUUCCAAA